AUGAAACCAAACUUUGAUCCUGAAGUGGAGGCUAAUGCAGAAGAUGAAUCUGAGGUUUCUUCCAAAGUAUCUAUUCAAGAAGCCUGUAAUGAUUCUUGUUGUGACAAUCUCAUUAACAUUUCCAACAUCACAAAUCCAAUAGGGAUUCAUCCUAAUUCAGAAGCUAUUUCACUUGACUCAACUCUCAACUCCAUGAAUAGUGAGCCAGGGGAAAGAGAUUCAAUAGGAUUCUCAUUCUCAAGCAAUGAACCUGCCUCUCAAACUACAGCACCAACCAUUCCACGAGUCUUCCCUUGCAAUUUCUGUCAGCACAAGUAUAUCAGCUCUCAGGAUCUUGAUGGACUCAUUGAUGAACACAGGAGGGAGAGAGAAUUAGCAAAAAGGACAAUGAGAAUGACAUUUUUCUCUGAUGGUUGCUAG